AUGACAAACAAGUCAAUUCCAGUCCGGCAUGGUAUUACAUCGGCGUCGACAGAGGAGAUGCACCAUGUAUCGUGUUCGAGGAACUAUCGAGGCGCCCCAUUCAAGGUCAAGUCUUCGGUCGAUAUGCUUUUGAAUGAAGCCGACUUUGAAGGCAAAGAAGGUGGAGGAGCACAAGUGACCGUCUUGGAAUAUGAGCCUUCGUUUGUACACUACCUUGCCCAUGUCAGCAACAACAACAAGAACAACCAUAGCGAGUCAGCUUUUUUCACCAUGUUACAAGAGGAAGAACAGUAUCAACCACAUGAGGGCGCAUUAUCAAUGAAGCAGCAUGUACGAUCCAAGGUGGACAUCAUCAUGCAUUUGCCCAAGGAUUUACUUUACAGCAUCCUGUGGUAUCUUGAUCCAGCUGAUUUAGUCGAGAUGACAGCAGUAUCGCAGGGAUGGUGUCGUCGUCUUGAUCACUAUGCGGAGGGUUGUGGUCAAAUCGACCUUUCUGAUAACGAUGACAACGUUGGUGGAACCUAUGAGAAAUUGGUGUCAAUGAGUCCGCACGUCCAUGGGGUGUCGGUCAUGUUUUUGGAAACGAAUGAACCUAUCGAUAUGCUCUUGCAAGAAAUAUCGUCUUUGCCAUUUACAGCGUUACGCUCACUCGAUCUCGGUUGUAUGGUGACUAGCUCCCAAACGAUAUUUAGUAUAUUGAAGCAGGUCAAGGAUACGUUGCUCCACUUGUCGUUAUUGUGUGUCUCUCACGAUCAAGCCUUGUGUUUGGGAACCAUCUUGUCGAUCUGCAGCAACUUAAAAUGUCUUCAGUAUUGCUUGUCGGAGCUGCAGGGCGUCGAUCAAGAUCUCUUCUUUGACAACAACAGCAGCAGCAGUGAUACAUCACAUCCCCUAGAAACAUUGCAAUUGGUCGCACAAACGAUCCAUGGUCACGAGCUUGAACCCAUCCUACGUUAUUGCCCGAAUAUCCGGAGACUUGUAGUAUGUGAAUGUGGCCCUGAUGCUAUCGAUGCUAUUCGACACUAUACGCCUCCACGCUUGGAAUACUUGCACAUCAACCCCAACCUUGAGAACAUCUUUCCACCUUGGACCGACAUUGAAUACUCCAUUCCUAUCUCUGCCAAAGAUCACUUACACACCGUCAUUGCCAACAAACUCAACCCAGCCAUGAUGGAUCGUUUAUCGUUACUACUUGCUGAUCACGCUGUAUCCACGUUGGGCCAUCUUCAUUUGGAUAUCAAUGCACCGCCAUCAUCGUCAUCAUCCAUCAUCACAUCGAAUCCAUGGAAGUCAACAGCGUCUUUUGAUUCAUUGAGGAUACUUACUUGGAGUGGUUUGGAUACGACAUGGAACAACGCAUUGACUCGUGUGCUACAAGGAUGCAACCAACUUGAGGAAGUGAAUAUGAAACAGUGCGACGCUCUCGAUGAUACAGUAGUGGAUGCCAUGUUGGAUUUGACACGACUACAAAAGUUGUCAUUGGAGGAUAUGAAGGAUACCAAAAGAAUACCCGGUCUAUUGACUCGUUUUUUGGAACAUCACGGCAGUUUACGGCAGGAUUCACCACUCGAAGAAUUGCGACUUGUGGCCGAACAUUCGAUUUUAACACCUGUGACCCUCGAUGCGUUGGCCAAAGUGAUGACCUUGAGAUCUAUCAGUUUACUCAUCAGGGACAAGGAUACUUCAAUAUCGGAACAUGACAUGGAAAUGUUUAUACAACACCUGGGAUCGACGACAUUGGCAUUGCAAAAAUUGGAACUCGCUUAUCUCGAAGAUUGUGUCACGGAUGCUGCUGUUCAACGAUUAGGGGAUAUUGAUGGAUUAAUCCAAGUUGCUUUCAUCGACCUAAAACGGAUCACCAACGCCAGCGUCAAAGUCCUGUUGGAAGCAUGUUCUAGUCUCCAGCUAUUCAAGAUCGAAGGCAGUCCACUGGUCUCUUAUGAUAUGCUUGCUCAGAUUGAAUCUAAAAUGAUGGAACGUGCCAUUCGAUUAUGA